UCUAUUCUGAUUGGUUAAAGGAUAUCAUCAGACUUUGUGGAAAAAGAUCCCUUUUUUGACAAGGUGUCAAGGGGCGUACAACACAAAAGCAUAUAAACCUGAACACAAUAUUGGGUCAUUCAUUACAUCGCAAGAAACUGCAGGAAGAAGACAAAACGUGGAGACGAAAUUUUCGAUAUGAUGUUUGCGAAGAUUCUGUUGACGAUCCUGAUGGUUUCAGCCUGGCUGAGCUUGGCUUUUGGUUCAUCGCAAAGCGACGAGGUUUAAGUGACAACAAUGAUGAUAUAUAGGCCACAUCAUUUGUUUUUAAAAUUUCUUAUAUUUUUUCAAAAUUUAACACUGGCAGGUUUUCUUACUCUUGGGGCGUCAGUUCGAUUCCUGCGAGAGGGUGGAUAUAGUUGCAUUUUUCGCAACUGUUCCUGGUCAGAUCUAAUAAAUUUAUAAAAAUCCCAUAUAAAACUCCCUUCAACGAAUUGUAUGGCACCCGAUGUCUACACUCUUUAUCUUAUUUCUUAAUAUGUGACGGCAUUUUGCAAUUGUUUACUAUUAAGUGUUAUAGUUAGUUAAACAGACGCGAAUAAAUGCUAUAAGUUAUAAGCAUAAUUAAUAAACCACGCGCCUUACAAGAUGAAUCUAGUAGAUUCAGUCUACACAGAAUCACUGAACAUUAUGAUGCUUGUGAUGUUACUCUGAGUGUAUAUCCACACCGGGCAAGCUUGAAAAAUAUGCCUGGCCACGGUGGGAAUCGAACCUACGACCCUUGGAAUACUAGCCCGGUGUCCCAGCAGAUUUGGACCCCCCUCAAAAUAGAUCCACCGGUCCAAAUCCGCUAGCGAACAUAGAUCUUUAUUCGCUAGCGGAUUUGGACUCCCCUCGCGAAUUUGGACCCCUCGCGUAUUUUAUCAUUGCAACGUAUUAUAUUUUGAAUAUUGUACUGAAAGUGUUAUAAAUCGUCAUAAAUCUCAUCUGAUUUAUUUUAAAAACCUUACGAAGAUUUUUAGAUCAUUAAAUCUUAGAUUUUUAGGUUAAAGAAUUCCGUCAAAGUUUAUGAUUUAUAAUCUUGGAAUGUGCGAGAACUGAGAAGCGCAUGAAGCCUUCACAAGUAUUUUACUCCUUGGAAUUGCUAUCUGCUCUGACUCUUAACUGCUCAAAUAAACUGAACGGAAAAUAUAUUUCAAAUUAUUUUUGCCAAAACAUACCCAUAACAAAGUGAUGCAUUCCAUUCAACCCUAAACUUUUAUAAAAUUAGCAUCUCAAUAACUUGUUUUCGUCAUUAAGCAAAUUCCAAGAUAGUUGAGUCAUGCCAUUAGUUAUCAUAAUUUAAAUUAAACUGACGCCUAAAUUUCCAUGCACAUUCAACUGCAACUAAUCGUUUCAAAAUUUCUUCUCUUUGUGAACUUUAGGGGGUCCAAUUCCGCGGAAGGGGAUACAUAUCAGCUAGCGGAUACGUACCGCAGGCGUCCGAAUCCGCUAGCUGAUAUGGACCGGGGGGUCCAUAUCCGCGGGGAGUCCAAAUCCGCUGUGCCAACUGAGCUACGCGGUCAGGUCGGUGCGAGUAUGUGAUAUUUCGGAACCGAAUCUAGUUCCUUCGAUAUCAAUGUAGUCUAAUAAUCAUGAUUCUUUCUGUGUUGGUGCAACGUCUGGCAUCGUUAUGUUCAAAGCUAUAAGGCAUGAUUUUUGACCCCUGUUAAGAAAAUAUGACUAAGUAACAAUUUUAUUUAGUUCGUAGCGCAAGAGCCAGCCAUGGACGUUGAAUCCGACCAUGAUCUUGAUGCCGGUAAGUUAUAAGCGAUAAAGUUUUUUAAUUAAGGAAGUUAUUAUACCAUGUGACAUCAUAGUGAGGAUGCUAAUUUACAUAUCAAAAAUUGUUAAGAGGAGAAUCUUUUGUAUGUUAUAUAACACACGAAUAUAUACCUUUCCAUACACUUGGUUAUGACUAUAUUUUAUACGUUUCCCAAGCGGCAAACGAACUUAAAAAGUAUGUUUAGUGCUUUAUCUGUAAAAUUAUACUAAAAUGAAUAUAUUUUAGAUGGUAUAAGUCUGAAGUUCUGUUAUUUUUGCUUAUAUCGCUGCCGGCUGUAUAAAUAUGGCGUCAAUUUUACAGCAUCAUUCAUCAAUACAAUAUGACAUCAUAAUGAGGAUAAUUUGCAUAUCAAAAACGAAGAUAGGAUAAGCUAGCUAAGAUGUGCUAAGACAGUUUGGCAAAGUAUCUUAUUCGGUCAAUUUGAAUUUUGAUUAUUUAACACAUACAGAUUUCCAUGUAUACGAGGAUCACAACUGUAUAUGCUGCGUAGCGCGUUCUCAUGAUAACUCUUUUUAGUAGAAUCAUACUAGUAUACUACUGAAAAUGUUGUAAUUUGAUUGGCUACUCUACUCGCUAUCUAUAUUCCUCGAUAGAUAGCGAGUAGCAAAACAAUCAUUUUCCUGGCGCACUUUAAAAAAAAAAAUGGCUUCCGGCUCGCGUUUUUCUGAGGUUUCUGAAGACGAACUUGAUUGUUUACUCUGAUUCUACUAAAACGAUUAGAUUACUCGCUCUUGAUUUCUAUGAGGUGAUAGCUGAUUCGGGCUUCGCCCUUAUCAAUUAUCACCUCAUAGAAAUCGAGAGCGAGUAAUUUAAAAGCAUGCGGUCCAAUGUCUCUAUGAAAAAGGUCACAACUUAUAAUGUAAAGUAAGAAUAUGUUUUUGUGAUGUUGUCUGCGAAAUAUCAGUAUCUGGAGCAGACUUGACCUUGUAGCUCAGUUAGUAGAGCAUUGGACUGGUAACCAAAGGUCGCGGGUUCGAUUCCCACCGUGGUCAGGCAAACUUUUCAGCUUGCUCGGUGUCAUGGACGCACUCGAAGACAACAUCACAAUCAUAUAUCUUCACCUGAUAACACCAGAAACACAAAAUUCUAUUUCAUUUGUAGUUAAUGAUACAGAUGAUGUUAUGGAAGAUGUCAUGUUGAAGCGUAAAGCAGCCAUGGACUUCUUCCAACGUGAUCGUCGCGGUCUGCACCAUGAAUGUUAUGAUGAAUGCUGCAGCUGGGAGGAAGUUCGUGAGCAUUACGAACAUGACAUACCUGCUGCAGUACGUUUCAUUUCACAAGUGGCAUGCUGGCUCCUGUUAGAAGUUUUAUUGACAACUCCUCAAAGGGGUUUUUCAGUGACAAUAUCGUCAGGAAUUUACAGUUUUGGUUUCAUUUCAUGCAGUUUCGGCGCCCCCUAGAGCUCUUGCACCCCCUCAAAUCCCUCGCAGGGCCAAGCCCCUCCCCUAGCUCCCCUGCCAGCACGCCACUGGAUUCACUACCCAGUGAAAGUCCCCUAGGGGCAGGCCCGUAACUAGCAUUUUAGAUUGACGAAGUCAAGUGCCGAGAACCCUAUGUAGAGGGGUGUGGAGGCAUGGGCUACCCACUUUGUUAGCUGAAAGUUGGAUGUGAGAGAUGUCCACUUUUCGGAAAUUGACGGCAGAUGUUCGGCUUAUGUUCGGAAAUUUCGUUCAUGAAGUGUUUUUUAAAAUAAAAUAAAUUAAAGGCCCAUUUCCAAAGAAAAUUUUGUAAAUUGUGAUUGUCGACACAAAUUUUCCGUCGGAAAAAAUUUUGAAGUUGAAAGUUUGCAACUUUUAUAACAAUGAUAUUUUCGGAAAAUUUUCUGUCCGUGGAAAAUUUUCUUGAGUGGAAAUGGGCCUUUAUAUUCUGCGAACUAUGAAUUAUGGAAAAGUUUAGUAUUUCCAAGACGUUUUAUUAAGCAACGCCAAAGGCGAGUAUUCUACGUGUAUUUAUAUCGACCUUUUGUUCAGUUUAAAUUAAUCACAGCAGGGGUACACAUAACAAAGCAAAAACCAUCUUGCAUUAUUAAAAACAGCAUAACAGUAAUUGUUGUGCAUUUAAAUCGAAUUUUGCGAUUUUAUAUAUUCGCAAAAAUACGCUGUUUUACAGCUGGGGUCAAAAUAUUUGAUCGGACGCCAUUUUACGAAAAUUAAACGAAGCCAUUGUUUUAUCUUAAAAAUUGGUACUUUGAGGUAACCUGGGGGAGGGCAUGUACCCCAGUGUCCCCCGGUUCCUACCUACGCCUGUGCACGUGAAGGCUACCCACAUGUACGCAAUGCGUACCUAUUUUUAUAUUCUAAGGCUUAGGAAGUAGUCAUUAUUAAUGACGGGGGUAGGUGGAAGAUAUUUUACAAAUCUUGACUUUUUCGUGGCCCCUCUUCUACUCCGAAUAAUUUUUAAUGGCUCACCCCCAAGCUUACUGUUUAUUUUCCAACACUCUCCCUCCCCCAAAAUAUUUGGACAAAGCGAAAUGAAAAUAUUAGUGUUUUUUUUUUCAAUACGCAUGGAAAUGUAAAUUCUACAUCCUUCAAAAUAUAUGCAACCCAAGACGAUAAUCGAUUUAUUUUAUAGAAAUUUAAAUAUUUCUUUCUGUAUCAAAAAUAUGUUUUAAAUAUAUUCUAGAUAAAAUAUUGGAGAACAUACCAAAGUCACAGACACAUUAUUGGCUGUUGAUCCGUAAGGAUUCAUUUAGUAAUUUACUAGUUUUGAUACCAUGUCAUUUCCUGACAUGUCCAUGUUCAUAAUUACAUGUGAUGCAUGCUACAUAAUAUUUUAACUUUAAUUAAAGCUUAUACUUUUUUGUUUUUUAUAGAUUAGAGUGGCAAUCUUUCAUUUAUACAAACGCAUUUACAGGAUGUAGAAAAACGUAAAAUAGAAUUAUGUAUUGAUUGAGUAGAAAUAAUGCAUGCCAAAAUAAAAAUUAUUUGUUUGC